AUGACUCAUAAUCAAUAUUUGAGUAGAUCAACUAAACGGAGAAGGUUUCUUGAGGAGGUUGAAGUAAUUGAUCUUUUUAAGGAAAAUCCAUCUUCAGCACCCCCAGAAACUCAACCUUCCACCCACCAAGUAAAUAUAUUAGAAGAGCAUCUAGAUACAUCCAGCCAUAUUAUUCAAGUUUCUGAUAACAAUAAUUCUAAUUUUCAAGUUAAUGAUUUAGAUUUAGAAGUACUUGAUACUAAACCUGAUAGUUAUAAUACCAGUGAUGAAGAAACAGUAGGUAUUAAUUUUUUUAAUAAUGAUGCAGAGCUCAUUUUAAAAUCUUUAGCUCAGUGGGCAGUAAACUUUAAUAUUACAAAUAUGGCUCUCUCUGCAUUGUUAAAAAAUUUGAAAUCCCACAAGUGUUUUAAUAGUUUUUCAGUGGAUGCUCGUACCAUUUUGAAAUGUUCAAAUACCAACUCUACAGAAAUUCUAUCAUUAAUUAAUUAA